UUUGCGCGCAGGCAGCAGCAGCAGCGGCAGGGUCCGGCUCCUGCACUGUGUGUGAGAGAAGAGGCAGAAAACCGGGAGAAAUUCCUCAGCGGACGAGAAGAGAGAAAAAAUGUCAGCGGGGAGAUGUUGAACUGGCACGGCUAGGACACGCGUCCUAUAUUCACUAUUUAGCUUAGCUAAACGCCGGUGUUUGUUGUUUUUAGUUUUUCGGUCGCGGUUUAGCGAAGUAGGGUCUCUUAGCAACGAAUUCGCUGCGAGAAGAGGGAGAGGCGAAGGAAUGUGAAUAGGUUAGCAACGAUGCUGAAUAGUAUAGUAGUAGUAGUAGUAGUUAGCCGCUAGCUAGCUAACUAGCUAAUCAGAGACUUGAGAGCAUUCAAGCUAGUGAACUAGCUUAGAUAGGUUAGUUAGUUAUUAUUAGUUAUUUUAUUUUUAAUAUUUUAGCUGCUGGUGCUGCUGCUGCUGCUUUUGUAGGCUUUAUGUGGUUUGCGCUGUCUACCGUUAUUACCUGAUACAGUCAUUUUGGGCCUGUUUUUAGAUUUAUUCGCGGUUUAAAUCCGGUUUCUCGAGCUAAAAUUAUUCGGUUAUCUAGCUAACGUUAUAUUCGGGCAGCAGCAGUUACAUGGUUAACCGGCGACAGGGGAGGAGGGUAGGCUCAGCUCCAGCAGCAGCUCCAGCUCUAGCAGCAGCAGAAGCAAUAGUAGUAGUAGUAGUAGUAGGAUGAUGAUGUGCCUCCUGUUAUAGCUAGGUUAGCUAAAGGUUAGCUGGCUGAUAGUUAACUAGUUAGGUUAGCUAGCUACUGAGGGGCAGGCCCGCUUCAGUAGGCUAACCUGAAUGUUAACUGCGAUCUGAACAUCUCCGUAUUAACUAGUUAACCUAGCUAACUAGCUACUACUUACUGACAGCCGUGCUUUUAACGACGUUAUCUAGCUAGCUUUAACUAACAGCCUCCGCAUCAUCGCCAGCCAUUCGCCCUUGACGGAUGGUCUGUCCGCCGGUUGUAUCUGAAUGUCAGUUCAGCCUCUUCUCCGCUCGGGUUUAUGUCAGGAUAGGCUGCUGCUGCUGCUGCUGUUCUUCUCCGCACACAGAAAAGCGACGUGAAAAGCGGGCCUCCUUAACCUCCCUCCCACCACCCACCCUCCUUUUUUCUUUUUGCUCAGAGACUCAAAGAGAUUUUUUUUUUCUAUCCUGAAGCAUAAUUAACCUAAGCUAAACUAUGUCGGGACAGUCCAUCACGGACCGGAUCGCCGCGGCUCAGCACAGCAUGACCGGAUCGGCCAUCAGCAAAGCCGUGUGCAAGGCCACGACGCACGAAGUCAGCGCCCCCAAGAAGAAGCACCUCGACUAUCUGAUGCACUGCACCAAUGAGCUGAGUGUGAGUAUACCUCAUUUGGCUGACACGCUGAUUGAAAGGACGGCCAAUCAAAGCUGGGUUGUGGUGUUCAAGACCCUUAUCACCACUCACCAUCUCAUGAUGUACGGCAAUGAGAGGUUCAUCCAGUACCUUGCAUCCAGAAGCACACUCUUUAACUUGAAUAAUUUCAUAGAUAAAGGUGCAUUACAAGGUUAUGAUAUGUCAACCUACAUCAGACGGUAUAGCAGAUACCUUAACGAACGGGCAAUGUCCUACAGGCUGGUAGCAGUUGACUUCACUAAGAUGAAGAGAGGGAUUGAUGGGGUGAUGCGCACCAUGAGCACAGAGAAGCUGAUGAAAACUCUCCCAAUCAUUCAAAACCAGCUGGACGCCCUCCUGGACUUUGAGGCCAGCUCUAAUGAACUGACCAAUGGCGUGAUCAAUGGUGCCUUCAUGCUGCUCUUCAAGGACUCUAUCCGCAUCUUUGCUGCUUACAAUGAGGGUGUCAUUAACCUUCUAGAGAAAUAUUUUGAUAUGAAGAAGCACCAGUGUAAAGAGGCCCUGGAAAUAUACAAGAGGUUUCUUACCAGGAUGACCAAGCUGUCAGAGUUUCUCAAAGUGGCAGAGCAAGUUGGAAUUGAUCAGGUUGACAUCCCAGAUCUCUCACAGGCCCCAAGCAGUCUCUUACAAGCUCUCGAGCAACACCUGGCCUCUCUGGAGGGCAAGAAAAUCAAAGAGCUCUCCUCUGUCAACAGGGAUGAGAAACAGCAGGCUCAGGAGGCAGAGGGAGACAGAUUACAGCCUACAAAGGGAGUACAGCUCAAAGAUAUUGGUAUGCAGACCCCAACAGUGUCUCCCAGUGGGCAGUCUGUGGGAAGUGCCAACAGUACCUGCACCAGCAGUGGUGCCACUGAGCUCCUAUCCACUCCACCAGAUCUACCCAUCACAAACGGUGUGCACAAUUUCACCAGUGAUCAUUUUGACCUUCAACACAACCUCAACACCCCUGUUCAGACCACCACUCUGCCUGCCAAUAAUAAUGGCUGGGGAGGACCACUGCUGAAGCCCGCUCUCUCUUCACAUGUUCAUGGUCAAGGCACACAUCUCCACAAUGGAGGAAAGUUACUGACUAAUGACCUGGACUCCUCUUUGGCCAAUCUUGUGGGCAAUUUGCACUUUGGAGGACCCCCGGCCAAAAAGCCAGAAAUGCAGUGGACUCACCUGGAGAAGAAAACCACAGGAGGCUCUCACUGGCAGUCUAAAGCCAUGAGUGGCACUGCACCAUGGGGGCACACACACCUGGCUCCUGCUCCCAUUCCCAUGCCACAAAUGAAUGGAAUGAUUUAUACUGGCUAUGCACCAGCUCCGGUAGCAUUUCCAAUGACAACCCCCCAAGUGCCUGUAUAUGGGAUGAUUCCUCCUCCCAUGGGCCAGAUGGGUUCAGUCCCCUUGAUGGCACCCCAGCCUGUGAUGUAUAACCAGCCUAUGCUUCGCACCACUAACCCUUUCACUCCUGUUCCUGGAACUCAGAUGCACUUCAUGUAGCACUGAGAAAAACGUUGGACUAACAGAAGCGCCAGAGGAAAAACAUCAACCAACCCAAAACCAAAUAUGACAAAAGCAGACAUGAGAAAUGGUUCAGAGACUGAUAAUGUCCAUGUGCCAUUUUCCCCCACUAAGCUGUGUGUUUGUAGCAUACCCUGCCCGACCGACAUAACAUAGUCCUGUCAUUUUACAUGUUCUCUUUAAGUUUUAAGUGUCAAAUCUAGUGUUUCUAGAUGGCCCUUUUGGAUGAUGUCACUGGCUGAUGCAAAUGGAAUGACAGUGUAUAGUGAAUUGCGGUGGAAUGAAACAAUGUCAUGAUGUCAAGUCCCCUGCCCCUUUGUCCCCCGUUUGGAAAAGUGAUUGUUGUAAUCGUGAGCACUUGAAUCAAUGUUUAUAAUGUCUAAACCAAGCCACGGUUUUGUAUGCACAUUGCCUGAAUAGUGUUUUGAACCAACCACUGUCAAUGUUGAUCAUGCCACAGUUGCUGGCCUCCCGAAUUCUUGAGUCUUGGAGAAAUGUGUACAGGUCACUUUUUUGUACAUUUGUCUUGUCCCCAAACAUUUUGGACUUCACCUUACAAGUUCAAGCAGUUUCUGCAUACAGUAACUUGUAAUGUUUCAUUCAGGUAUGGUAAAGGUAUGGCUGUAUGGAUUAAAAACAAAUACAGCA